UUUAAAAACUGAUGUGUUCUUAGCAACAAAAUCCAACCGACUGCCUUUUAAUAUCCCGAGAGGAUGUCGUUUGUCCGGAUUAACCGAAGACCAGUCAGAACCAAGAAAGUGUCAGUUCCGAAGAAAGAAUGGGUGAGCACAGUGAGUGACCUGUCAGUGCACAAGUCUACAGCUGAGGAACUGUCCAGGCGUCAUGAAAUGCACCGAUCUCGCAACAGAGCUGCUGCACAGUGGGAGCUGAGGGAGAAAACGCUGAAAAAGAGAAAGCCCUGGCCAAGCAGCCCUCCUGGACUGGACCAGACCAGACUGCGAUUAUUCAGAGAGGUGUUCUCAGAUCACUGUGAGCUGCAGGAUGUUCUCGCACGGUCUGACAGAGCACUGGCGGUGGUGAAAGAUCUGUUUGGUGACACGCCUCGCAGACAGAAAGGCUUUCCGAGUGUUACCAUGGCGCCUGACUGCGAGUCGGAUUCUGAACUUCCUGUGCCGCAGAAACCGGAUCCACCAACACAGCUGUCCCCGCUCAGCCAGUCCGUGAUGGACCAACAGGCUUUAAAUGAAGUGGAUGAUUCUGCAGCAGAGCACAAGGAAGAUUUUCAGGAUGUCUCGAUCAGCUUCGACAGUGAGAUCUGCAGGUCAAAGAGAAAAACGUGUAAACUAAAGCCUGCUGUUCGGAGAACAGUUCAGCAACCGCAGCAGCAGAAUGUGCCUCAGACUCCCUCUAACGCAACAAACUCCGAGGACCAUGCAGCUCUGAACGCAACCCUGGCUGUGCAGCGUCUAAAGUCGAGGCAGUCUCGGUCCGAGGCAGACCAGUCCACCGCUCUCAUCAAUCAUGUCCUCAAUCCUGAAUUGUCUCCAUCUCAUUCUGGUGGUAAGAGCAGGUCUUUCAGAACCACCAGAGGGCGCUCUCCUGAAGCCUCAGGCUUUAGUUCUCAGAGCGCUAACCAGUCGAGCCUGGAGCUGCUGCAGGACAUGCUGGCUCAGGUGGAGACUGAACUGGCCUGCUUGGAGUCACAGGAGCUUCAUGUACCCUCGGAGCAACCAGAGCUUCAGCAUGGCCGCGGCCUUACUGGCUUCUCUGUGGCUCUUGUUAGUGCUCUAGGACGCAUCGUCGGUCAUCUGAGACGAACGGAGAAGGAGGCCCAGGUGAGGAGGAGGAUGGAAGAGGAGAUGAAGGAGCAGAGAAGCCUGAUUGAUGCCCUCACAGCGGAGUGUCUCGCACUGAGAGAGGAAAGUGGCGUCCUACAGGCGAGUCUGCAGGAACGGAUAGCCGAACUCGAACAGCGGCUGGAUAUGGUGAUCCUUGCAAUGGGAGAACUGGGAAAAAAUGUAGACACACGGCGCGAAGAGGAAAACGCACCAAGUGGAAGCCUCCAGCCUGUAACUGCUGAGAGAGACCAAGAGGAGCCAGCCCUGAUCUCUCCUGUGGUGUUACUCUCUCCUCCACAGCAGAGAGACAGCAGAGCGCCACCUACAGCACGCACCAGAUCUUUGCACUUCGAGGGCUCUCACACACCAGGCAGCCAGUCAGGAGAAGAGUCGGAUAUCUCGUGCACUCCGUCCUCAUUCGCUAGCCUGCCCGAGAGCAUCCUGCCUCGUCCUGCCCCGCUGCUGAACCAGCUAUCCCAGGGUGCCAUGCUGGAGCAGAUAGCGGAGUCAACCUCUCAGAACGCAGUGAUCCGGACUCGGCUCAGGGACAACCAUGCCUCUCCCACGCAGUGCUCAGACACCCGUUCGUCGCCCCCUGCUGGACCCCAGCCCACACAACAGCGGGGUGUGGACGAUGACUCGGUGAGGCUCAUGGAGGACAGACUUGAGCAGCUGAACAGACAGAGCGCAGCAGCCAGAGCGAAACUGCUGGAGCUUAUUGAACAGCAGAGACAGAACACAUCUCACAGCGCCUCUCCCUCCAUCUCCCCAAUACCCCCACACUCCACCAGCCCUCACACAGUUAUUGGAAGGCGGACUCCUGAAGUAUGCGUGUCUGUACCUGAAAGAGCCGAGUCCUCUCACGCCAAGACAAACAGUAGAAGGUCAGCUGAAGCAGUUUCUCCACAAAAUAUAGAAGGAAGACAAAAGCAGUCUGUUAAUCCACAGGUGGAUAAACUGAAAGGAGAAGGCUGGUUUGCGCUCUCCACUCACAUUCGAUAGCUUGACUGACUGGAGGACUGGUGGGAUGCUACAGUAACCCACUACUUUCGUUCUUUAAUUCGUGUCACCCUGUUUUAGUUUAUAAUUUUGCACAUCAAUAAAUUUUAGACAAACA